AUGGAGGAAUUGAUUCUUCAGCCGUUUCGUGGCUCAUUUUUAAGGAAGGCAGUACAAUUAAAAAAAUAUUUCCAUUUAAGAGAAGAAGAGCUCGGGGGUUCCAGCCUUAAUCUUAGAGGAUAUUUUGAAGAAUUUGUGCAAGUUAAAAACUUGUGUUUUAAUGCUGGGGUUUCGUUCAGAACCAUUACCAUCGUUUACUAUGCCUUUGUUUUUGGUCAAGGCAUGUUGUUCACGUUUACGAUAUUUCCUGAAGAUCUGCCGGAUGACACUGAAGAAGAUGUUGGAAGAUAUGAAAACGGCUCGAAAACUGAAAAAUAUAUAGAACAUAUAAAAAGUGACAAUGCUUUCACAAUAUCCCGUGAAGUUCAGCAAAACGACACUGAAAGUAUGGAAGAUAAGAAACAUGAUAAGAUUGAAGCCUUGGAGGAAAGUCCAACUACAGGCACAACAAGUCUGUUUUCCAUGAUCAAAAGCCCAAAGUUUAUAAUUCACACAUGUUUUGUUUCUAUCUCCGUUCUACGUUCUACCUCUAUUAUCGGAAUGAUCAACCCUUUGCUCAAACGUCUGACGGAUGACGAAGGAAAAGGUGAUCGAUUUAUAUCUCACCAUAUUUGGAAUAAUUCAAUUUUGUGGAUUAUUUUUGUCUUUUGCUCCUGGUUUUUUCUUGAUUGGGCUCCAGCUGGAAGACAUCGGGACUUUUCUGUCAUUUUAUCUUUCAUACUCACGGGAGUGCUCUCAAUUCUUGUGACCGUUGGUCUACUGAUACCAGUUCUUGAAUUUCAGAUUGUUGUAUUCUUACUUUAUACCGUUCUGAGAUCUUUCUUAUAUUCGACACACGGAUCAUUUAUAAUGAAAGCAUUUCCUUUAUAUCAUGCUGGUGCCUUGUUUGGUUUAAGUCUCUUAGUUUCAGCUGUAGUUUCAUUGUUUCAAAUACCAAUGUUUGCUUUGAUGGAGGGACCAUAUGGCGGUGAUCCAACUUGGGUGAAUGUUGGUUUGUUGGUUGUUCAAAUGGUAGUGAUGGUUCAUCCAAUGUAUUUAUGGAUUUGCGCUGAAAAUGAAAAGAAGGGAAACAAUCAUAACACUAGUUUGACAAUAUCAAACCCUUUUGCAGACCCUGAUAACUUUAGUCAAGCUAAAACUAAACCUUGA